AGUAUACCAUAGUUCAGUAGCUGGGUUAAGAGCAUUCGUCAGCUGGGUUAAGAGCAUUCGUCAGCUGUGAUUUCUUCGUGUGUUUUCAAUGCCUAGUUUAGAUUAAGGGUCUUCACUAUAGUAUGUUCAGUGUUUUGCGAUGAAGUCUUCUUUGUCUUUCUCUUGGUCAUGAGCUACAAAAAACUUAUCGGUUGACAUUUUCUUGGCGAUGUUAAUUCCUUUUUUUCUCGAAUGAAUAGGACCAUAUUUCAUGGAUGAUGCUAUAGUUGUCUCUUCUCCAACUUUUGUCUUGGUUUGAUGUCAAUAGUCCUUGCACUUGGCACUCGGCAGUUCACAUGGACCAAAUGCAACAAUUUCCCAAUAAUAUGGAGGUCAAUAAAUCAAUUCAAUUUAUAAAAACAAUGGUCUUUUAUGAUUGAUAACACCGGUUUUCACAACAAUCAUUUUUCCCACAAUCAGACAACUAAUGACCCUGGUCCAUACCUCCACUGUCUACAGUCUGCUAAAGUAGAUAAGAUAUUGCCUUCUUUUGUGUUCAUGUGUGAGAGCUGGUCUUAAGAUCACUAUCCCUUUGUAUCCAUCGUUGAUUCAAUAACUAUGACAUAGGCUUCUCCGAGUCGCAGUUUAAGGAAUAAUAUAUCGCCAUGAGUACCUGGUGAAAUGAGAAUAAUGCACGUACAACCUGUUGUUUUUGCACGUGCAAUCUGUUAUUUUUGCACGUGCAAUCUGUUGUUCAGCAAGGAUAACGCACUUAUGGUUAAUCCGAGACUGUCACAUGAUUGAAAAAGCAAUAUGCACUAUAUAUGUUGGUUUCAUUGUCAGAAUACAUAAUUUCGUUUUAUCGCGAGACAAAUUCGAGCAAGGUCUUUUGACAAGAAAUGGUAAGUACUUUUGAGCGAGGUAAUUAAUAAAUUUAGCUCCAGUUGAGCCUCCACGAUCAAAUGAUUCAAUUGAAUUAUUGAUUUUGUCCGAGUUUCAUCGCUUCAAUGGCUUAGUGUUUCUAUGCCUAUGGAUUGUAAAAUGAUUGCAAAUGCAUUAUAUCGUAAUUAAUUGUGUAGUGUUUGGAGUUUGAGGGGCAGCAUCUUGAUUGGAUAAUGAAUAGUGAAGGAAUGGACAGAUCUUUCUAAUUUAGGCAUUUUAUGGUUUCUAAUAUGGUCACUAUAUCUGCACUUCAAGUUGAAUCAUAUUUGCUGCCACACUUCAAAACAUCCUUCACUUCUCGUAUGGAAUUAUUAACUAGGUUCACGUAGACUUGCUCUUACACUCACUUCUUAAUCAUUAUUUAACGUUUCUGACACUUUUUUAUAUGAAACUUUAAAAUGUAAUUUAUAUGUUUCUUUGGCCCACAGUUGCCUAGAGUUGCCUAGGGUUCUACAACAACAUAUCUAUGAGUAUAAGUAUAACUGGUCUGUAUUUUUGUCCUAAGAUGAGGUUGUCAUUAGAUUGUCCUAAGCUAAAGGUAUUUCCUAAGCUAAGGUUACUACAGCUUCAGCAGCAGAUUUUCAUGUUAUAAAUUGAGGGUCUACAACAGACGCAGAACACAAAUGCUUUAGUUGUAAAUUUGUUCUUGUUAACACGUACGAGAAUAGUAAAACGCGUAAACAAAGAGACUAAUCACACAGAAAUUACGUAUGGUAAACAAUCGUAUAACUCACCCCGUGGACGCCGUGGUUGCUGCCCAUCCCAUGUUCCCUCGGGAAGUAAUUACAAUUUGUCAAUUUUAUCAAAUAAUUAUCACUGUGGACCUUUGUUACGCUACAACCGUGUUACACUUAAAUUUCGGCAAUUGUCCUCAAUUUGGUGGUCUCUUACGCAUCUCUAAUUUCCUCUGUCUAGAAAUACCUCUUAAGAAUAAAUAGAGAUCAAGCAAUGGUGUCUUGUUUUAAGAUAUAUCUUGGAGUUUAAGCAUUUCUUGAGAGUCAUGCCUUGCGCAUGAUUAGUCAUGAAUAGUCAUGAAUAGUCAUUGUCUCAUCGUGUUUUAGGAUUCAUCUUGACCUUACGAAUUAGUAAAGACAUCAUUUGAGGUCGAGCUGCUUCUUUCGAGUGUGCACUGUGCAUAAAGGCUAGUGAAUGGUUGUUAUAUAAGUAUAUACUGGUUUUAUUCAAGCUAAUGACUGGUUUUAUGCUCGCUUUUUACUUGUUCCUUAGUAUUUCUGCUCGCUAGGGACUGGUUUUCUCAGUAAUGGUCCACUAAACGGUUUACUCUUCUGAUAGCUCCCUGUUAAAGUGCACUGCAUUUCUUCUCGACCCUUGUUUGCUUCGUUCUAGUCGUUGGAUACUAAAUAAGUAAUACUAAUUUUACUAGCUUCAACGUGGUGCAGCUUCUACUUGAUUCUGUUUUGUGCUUGGUUCUAGCGUUUAUUUACUCCUAGUACUAGAUACUUGAUAUCAUUUGGCCAGUAGACAAUAGGUUAUUAAUACCACGUGAUACAAGAUUGGGAGGAUAUGGAGAGGAUAAGCGGUAUUGAGCAUUUCAUGAACUCGACGGAGUUCUCGUGUGGGUAUGAUAAACCCCGUGAGGUUUACUGGAUCAGACAUGCGGACCUCACUGUAGGAGUGGUAUUCAUGAUGUUAUCAAUAGCUACUCUGUUCGUCAACGCAUUCGUUAUCUACGCUUUUUUCACCAGUAAACGUAGUCUACAGGGUACGUCCCUCAUACUCGUUCAAGUUGCUUUCAACGAUUUCAUAUCAGGGAUAGUUGGGAUAGUGUUUUGUAGUAAUCUGCUAUCUGACAGAACAGUAAGUACUUAUAGGGACAGUAAAGCUGGCAACAUCAUCCUCUGUCAGGUGUACGGGAUUCUCCUGGAUAUAAUUUACAUUGCAGCACCCCUGCUGCUCGCCAUCGCAACCGCACUCAGAGUUUUUGCUGUUCUCUCACCCUACAACUAUCAGAAGAUAAAUACGACGUAUAAACUAAUUCCCAUCGGACUGAGUGCCAUGUCUUGGAUAUUCGGAGCCGGAGUCGGUCUGUUCCCGUUUUUAUUUGGGAAGUGGAUGUGUUUUUCCCAAGUAUCCGGGAGUUGCGAUUACUUUGUAAUAAAUGUGCUGGGUGGCGACAAGUACAAAACGCGAAUAUACAGUUUAUGUCUGUUCGUGCUACCCGGGAAUAUCGCAUAUUUUGUAAUUGUGGUCGGAGGUAUGAUCGUAAUCGGGAAACUCUUCAGACAAAACAGAAAAACUGUAGAGAGAACUACGUCUAGAAUGGAGACUGUCGCCAAUGCGAGGGCAGCUUUUGCUACAAAAUCUACUAAGAGCAGAAGAGCUUCAGAGUCAGAACUGAAGAUGAUGCAAAAGGAGCUCAGUGUUAUCAAGUGUACUUUAACACUGUGUGCUACGUACUUUGUAGCUCACUUUGUUACAGUGGCUUACAAUGUUGUUUACAUGUUCCAGACAAAUAACACCGUCUUCAGGACCAUGUCAGGUAACAGUGCUACGGGUGAAGUUUAUCUGUACUCGUGGUUCUAUUUGUCUCACACACUAGCAGGUUUUAUUGACGGACUGGUACAGAUCCAGUGCAACAAUGAGAUGCAGAGAGAAGUUAAGAAUCUUGUCCGUAGAGUCACCAGCUUUGGGAGCAGACAUCUUUCCGAUAUAGAAUUAAAAGGGUCUAUGUACACAAGUGUGAACAGAUUCGCAACAUUCACACAGUAGCCGCCACCCCAGAGGAAGCGGGCGACAAGAAAACCCCCCUAUCUAAAGUUAACAGUCUGCCGAAAGUAGAGGAACACACAAUCACUAAGACCUCCCGCUCAGACACAGGCAACCACGAUCAGAUAUCUAAAACUGACUCCGGGCACGGGAGUGGAAGUGGUAUUGAUUAUAAAACUACUCUGGGUAAUGUGUCAGCUGACCCUACAGUGGUUCAGUUAUCAGAGCAGAUUGAUGCAACACCAAUUGAUAAGAAUGGACAUAAUGUGUGAUCUUGGUGUGGUGAUGUUGGACAGUUGGAGGUCAACCUCUGUAAUCGUAUAAUCCCUCAGUCUCAGUUUUAGUUGGAAAAUACUCUAGGAGUUAUGUGUGUAUCACUCGUAGUGGUGAAUUGAGUGGAUGUAGCUUUGGUGGUAAGCUACUGACAGUUGAGUUAAAGAUAAAAGGAUUCUAGUAGCGAAUAAAGUUUAAAACAAUUAUAAAUCCUAACGUUUCCAGACUCGCCAGAAGAUAAAAUCCCGUCAUGGUCACAUGGUGCAUAAUUGUGAAGACAAAUCAAUGGUGGCCGCUAUAAUCCAGAUUGUGACGCUGUGAUUUUGAUUGGACCUCGAAAAGACGAAUUUUCGACCUAUUUUAUAACUUUUAUCAAGCUUCUUGCGGGAUUCGACAUUUUUAUUCCGUCCUUUAAUAACUUGUGUUUUUGUUUUAAAUUCGAAUUUAUUUUCCUGAAAAAAAAUUAACAAGAGUUUUAAAGCUUUCUAGAUUUUUUAAUAUUAAGGGUUUAUUACAAAUUAUAUCUCAAAUUAUCUCUAAUCAACUCUCAUCAA